UUGUCCUCAGCCUCCUUGGCAACGGUCACACUGCCUUUGCAGACUAACAUUUACUUCAUGCGAACUGACGACGAGCUACAGAAGCAGCGCGUAAAUACUUUAUGAACUCUUUAGUUUGGCACCUCGAGUGUUUUAUUUCUGCAUUCUGUCCUCCAGCCGGAGCGCUGUUCGGAUGAUCGCCGCCUGAAACCAGCCUACUUCCUCAGGUGACAGGCUCAGCCUACCGCCCCCUCCCAUCAGGGAUGCUUCUGUCUAAGGUUGACAGCACAACGCAGGACCAGCAACUGCCUCUGCGGCUCUUCUAGGGAAUUUGAGAAGACUGGAAAAAAAACUGCACCCAAGCGUCUACUUCUUUACCCCUUUAUAUAUAGAUUAGAGGAUACGUGCUGUCGUGCUUUAGAAUCUGUUGGGUCAUUUUAAGCCAUAAAGCAAAGAAGGCGACGGACGGAGCUGACGUUAGUUUAAACUCCACUUACAGCCGGCUUUUUUUUUUUGUGUGUGUGUCCCCCCCAUCUUCCUUCUUUCCGUAUCACUUGGAUGCAAUGACAGACUCGGCAGUGGACAGCAAAACGGAGGUCAAGCAGGCCACCAAAUAUGUCAAAGAGACGGAAAACGUCGCGGAGAAAUACUCCGCGUUGACCGUCAGCAAGAACAGCAGCGACGUGAACAUGAACGUCGGCGAGAUGCCCUCCGCCGCCUUCACCGCAGUCCCGACUCUGAAGUCAGUGAAGAAGAUUCAGUUUGCGAAUGCAGAGGACAAGCAGGAAUUCAGCAAGUUUCCAACCAAGGCCGGUCGCCGCUCCCUCUCCCGCUCUAUCUCACAGUCCUCCACAGACAGCUACAGCUCAGCUGCAUCCUACACCGACAGCUCGGAUGAUGAAACCUCCCCCCGGGACAAAGCCCAGGUCAACAGCCACGGCAGCACCGACUUCUGUGUGAAGAACAUAAAACAGGCUGAAUUCGGCCGGCGAGAAAUUGAAAUAGCAGAGCAAGACAUGUCUGCCCUGAUCUCGCUGAGGAAGAGAGCGCAGGGGGAGAAGCCCCUGGCUGGUGCGAAGAUAGUCGGCUGUACCCACAUCACUGCUCAGACAGCCGUCCUGAUUGAAACUCUGGUGGCCCUCGGUGCCCAGUGCCGCUGGACCGCAUGCAACAUCUACUCCACUCAAAACGAGGUGGCCGCUGCUCUUGCUGAAACCGGUGUACCUGUGUUUGCGUGGAAAGGUGAAUCGGAGGACGACUUCUGGUGGUGCAUCGAUCGCUGUGUCAACACCGAUGGCUGGCAGGCCAAUAUGAUCUUGGAUGAUGGAGGAGAUUUAACCCACUGGGUUUACAAGAAAUAUCCCAGCGUGUUCAAAAAGGUCCGAGGAAUAGUGGAGGAGAGUGUCACUGGGGUCCACAGAUUGUACCAGUUGUCUAAGGCCGGCAAACUGUGUGUCCCUGCAAUGAAUGUGAAUGACUCAGUUACAAAGCAGAAGUUUGACAACCUCUACUGCUGCCGCGAAUCUAUCCUGGACGGCCUGAAGAGGACCACAGACAUAAUGUUUGGAGGCAAACAAGUGGUUGUGUGUGGUUAUGGGGAGGUGGGCAAAGGCUGCUGCACUGCUCUUAAAGCCCUCGGCGCCAUUGUGUGUAUCACAGAGAUUGACCCCAUCUGUGCCCUGCAGGCAUGCAUGGACGGAUUUCGAGUGGUCAAGCUGAGUGAGGUCAUUCGGCAGAUGGACGUGGUGAUAACUUGCACUGGCAACAAGAAUGUUGUUUCCAGAGAACAUCUUGACCGAAUGAAGAAUGGCUGUAUUGUCUGCAACAUGGGACAUUCCAAUACAGAGAUCGAUGUGGCAAGCCUACGCAGCCCUGAACUGACCUGGGAGAGGGUUCGCUCUCAGGUCGACCACAUUAUCUGGCCAGACGGAAAAAGGGUUGUUGUGCUGGCAGAGGGUCGUCUGUUAAAUCUGAGCUGCUCUACGGUGCCUACGUUUGUGUUGUCCAUCACUGCUACAACUCAGGCUCUGGCCUUGAUUGAGCUGUACAACGCUCCAGAGGGACGUUACAAACAAGAUGUUUAUCUUCUGCCCAAGAAAAUGGAUGAGUACGUGGCCAGUCUGCACCUGCCCAACUUUGAUGCCCACCUGACGGAGCUGUCUGACGAGCAGGCGAAGUACAUGGGGCUGAACAAGAACGGCCCGUUCAAGCCAAAUUACUACAGGUACUAAUAAGGAUGUCUUCUACUCAGCAAAAUGUUGCCCUGGGAUAAACAGAGAUAUCUAUUUUAUUUUCUAAACUACUGCAAAACGGAGGAAUUAUUUUACUUAUGCUGAAUGUAACUUAUUAAUAGCACCUUAGAAGUAGAUUUAAAUAUUACAGGAUGAGACGAAUAGAGAACUUAUAAUAUAUAAUCAACUAACAUUGUUCUUUCCUGUGUUCAAAAGGCACCCUACUUGCAUGCAUUGAUGUUUCUGUGUAUUUAGUUGUUACUGAUUUUUCUUCUUGAUCACAGAGCUGUUGAUUUGUUUUUUUACUCUACUUACGCGCGGUGCCAAAUUAUGGCCGUUUCUGAUCUGUUUGUCCGUGGCAUAGAGAAUAUAUGGGCACAUUCAUUGAGCCGGAGUUUAGGCAGAGCCAAAGCAAACUCUGUGUUGGUAUGCAUAUCAUUUUAGGGGUUUUGUGUGGAUAAAACAUUAAUUUGAAAACUAUCUGCACAUAAGCCCUACAAGGUAACAUCCACACAUUCUUGAAACACAGAACAUCUAGAAGGAUUCAUAUCCAUUUCUCGUAUUUUUUCAAGUUACAGCGACAAGCUUCAAUGUAUUUUAUUGGGAUUUUUUGACAGAUUACCACAAGGUCGCUCAUAACUAUGAAAUUGAAGAAGAGGAUACGUAAAUUUUUUUAAAUGACACAAAUAAGCAUCUGAGAAGGUUUUUAAAUGCAGUAAGUUUCAGCCACCCUGAGUCAAUACUUUGUGGGAGCACCGUUCACUACAAUGAAUGCCGCACAUGUUUUAUCCUAUGUGUCUCUACCACCUUUGCACAUUUAGAGUCUGACAGUUUUGUCCAUUCUUAUUCGCAAAAUACUUCAAGCUCAAUCAGAUUGGAUGGAUGCCACCUGAAAACUGCAAUUUUUCCCAAUCUGUUGGCAGAUUCCAUUGUGACAAGAUUUAACUAUUGUGUUCAGGGAUAUUUUCCUACUGGGGAACCUUAACCCCAGUUUCAGGCCCUGCUGCCUCUGAUUUCCUUCCAGGUUAUAUUGACUCGGACAACUUGCCAGUCCCAGCUGAAAAAAGAUUUUCCCACUGCAUGAUCCUGCCACCACCAUGUCACACAAUGGGGAUAGUGUGUAUUUUUUCACUGCAUAAUGCAAUAUUGUCAUAGUUUAUCUCAUCAGACCAAAACACCUCCAUCCACAUAUUAGCUGACUGCUGAUAAAGUGUCUUCUUAAGGCAACUGAACUCUCUUUUAUUUAGGGGCACCAGGGUAAAGGGGGCCAAACAUAAGUAAUUGUCACACUUCUCAGAAUCAAUUUUGUAUAAAAGGAAAAAAUAAACCCAUUUAUCCCUUUUCUCUCACUUCAUAAAUAUACGGAUUUUGUAUUGUUCUAUCAAUGAAAUGCAUUUUAGUUUUUUGGUUGUAACAUAAAAGGUGAAAAGGUUUAAAGGAUGUGAAUACUUUUUCAAGGCCCUGCAAAUCCACACGAGGAUAAAUGUUUGUUCAACGGCAAAUGAAAACAGAAGACGUUAGUUUUGACUGAUGUUUUAAAGAUUAAAUUAUUAAUGGAGGGAAUUUAGAAAAGCCUGAGGAGUAGAACCACAAGGGGUUUUUCAAUGAAUGAUAACUUCCCUCAUUUAUUUCCAGCUCUCCGUUUGCUCCCCCACAUUCCACUCCUGAUCUCUGUCACCGUAAAACCCUUUUGCCUGGAUGAUGCCUUUUAAGGCCAUGGUAUGAAUGUGCCUUUUGAUUAUUUAAAAACUCUGUAUCCAAAGAGGUUGGGACACUGUUUCCAGUGGAAAUAAUUGAAAAGCACCCAAGAUUCAAUUUAUUUGGAAACAGAAAAAAGUGUAUUUUGAUCUUUCUGGUAAGAAUUGUUGUUUUUAUUGGAACAGAUUCAGGAGAAGACUAAAAUAUCUGUCUCUGAGAAUUAAAUAUUGGCAGGAGAAACUUCUUAAGCAAAUAAAUUGAACAUUUGUAUUUCAUUACUAUUAAAAUUUUAGGUUAGGGUUAGUAAUGAAAUCAGACUAGAGCUGUAAAAAGUAUGAAAAGCAAGGAGUUACUUAUUUGGGUAAGACAAUAACGGCACAGUGAUACGUCUCGGUGCCUACAGUCCUGAUCUGUUACUGAGUUUAAAAAUUUAGUUGUAGAAUACAGUAGUCUUGUCUCAAUUGGGUGACAUUAAUUCAUAUUUUAUGUAACUUUAAAAAAGUAUGUUGUCAAAAUCAGUUACAAAUAAGCAGACUGUGUUAUAUUUAGUUUCAGCAUCUGCACUAUUGGCUUUAGGGAAUCCCACAAGUGUCCUAACUUGUUUUGAAACAGGUUUUAACAACCAUCAGCGCUGACCUUAAUUUAACUGUCACUUCCUUUGUUUUCUUUUCUUUUUUUUUUUUAGUUAAACAACAAAUAUUUAAACGUAAUGUCUUCCUUCCACUGCUUCUGGUAGUAAUUGUAACUCUAAUAUAUAAGAUAUGCUUUAAGAAAAAUAUUGGACUUUAUGUCUGGCAUAUGAUUGUCACUGUCUCAAUUUGAUUCAACAGGGUCACCUUAAGUAACAUUUUAUGUGAUUGCAAUGACAUUAAGUGUUCUAUGUAUGUACAUUCAUGCGUUAAAUCAGCAAUAAAGCAAAGCUUUUUAACCCA